UAUAUUGAAAAACAAGAAAAAGAAAUAGCACCAGAGCACGAACUGCAAAGAUAUAAAAAGAAGAGCCAUGGCCAGAAGCAGCUUCGUCAUCAUCUAUCCGAGUAGCUUCGAUGUCUUCCUGAUCUUUGGGAGUGUUGGCGCACUGCUACUGCCCAAAUUACCAAGCCAAGAAUACCGCGGCAAGUAAAUGGCGAGGGCUGCAGAGCGACUACAUCUAGUCUUUCGCUUUCGGGAUCCUGUAUAUUUGGCGCAUGAACAUGCGCGACAGUUAUAUCUGGCGCAUCAACAUGCGCGACAGUGGAUGCUUUCCCCCACCUAUCGCGCUCUUCAUGUUUUUCGCCAGACUGUGACUAGGCCACCACAGGCAAGGAAAGCUAUUUGCUUUUGAGGCCCUCGCGGGCGGCACUUUUAUGCGCAGUUGCCUACUGCAACAUCGCGCAUGUUGCUUAUCUUGCGCAAUUUUUCCUGCAGCUGAAAGCUGCAGACACACAGCCUUGCUUGCUAUGGGUGUCCUUUUCUUUUGCAGUCCAAAAGUCGUUCAUCUUGAGCCCUUGCGUUUUAAACUUUGCGUCUAACUUUUAGCUCUUGCUUUAUUAGUUUUCCCUCCUAGUUUUCUCUCUUGGUUUUUGCUUUUUCAUUUUUGUUCUUUUAACUUUUUUGUGUUUUUGAGCGUCAAAUUGCUGAGCAAUAGGCUGACCGUCAGAUGCUUACGCUUAGCAGGGGAUAGAUUUCUAUGUCUAGCCCGGCAGUUUUCUUGCCAUGAAGCGCCAAAAAUUUCUGCCGGCAGUGUUGAAAGCUGUUGCGCGUUUUUCUACUUGAACAGAAAUAAAGCGCGCGAGCCUUCUUGGCUUUGGCAAGAUCUAAAAUUGACAAUGGCGAGCCAGCAAAAGUGGCGCCCUUCUGAGGCGCCCGCCGCAUUCGUUCCCGGCGGUUUUGGACGCACAGAAGAGCGCUCCGUAAAACGAAAACGCGCGCAGAAUCAUCACAGCCGAACCGCGUGGCGCGGCCGCGGCUGCGGGGGAGAGCAAAUAGGGAACCGCGGAAGCGGCCGCCUGGUCGGCGGGCGCCCAUCCUGGGACGCUUUGCGCAAAGUGCAGCCGCAAGUUUCUGGGGCGCGAAAAUGAAAAAGCGCGCCAGGCCCAGGGAGCCGCCCCGUCUGCAAUUGGCCCGGGCGCCCGCCGUGCUUGGGCCCGCCCCGAAGCGCCCGGGCCGGCCCUGCGCCGUCGGGCCUGGUAUUCGGGAAGGGACUCUGCAAAUUUGCUGAAGUUGGCGACGUUUAGAAGUGGCCGCCACUCCACGCGGCGGGGCGUCCGCCAUAAGGUCGGGGCGGCGCGCAGAAAGCGGCGCCCCGGCUGCGCCGGCAAGAAAAUGGCAGCGGCCCCACUCCCUCCGCCCCCGCCGCUAUAUUUGGCCGGAGGGUGCCAGGGCUGCUAGAGUGCAUCCAAUUCACAGUGGGAAGGCAGCGCGUCCUGCUUGUAGCACUUCCCUAGCGGAGGGAGCAUCAUGCAGGAUUUGCUAGUAGGUGCGCCCAUCCUGUGCAAAAGUAUCGCACUCGUAUAAAUGCGACAGCUUUUUUGUGCUUGAAUUAGUUCAGAAGUUGGUGGGAGGUUGUUGGGAAGUCGGCGGAGAAGUUGCGGGAAGCCGGUGGCGAAGUCGGUGCGGAAGCCCUUGCCGGAGUUGGUGCGGAACCAACCCCGUGAGAAGUGGCGGGGCGUGCUGGCAUCGUCAUCGCCCCGGCCGAGUGCCGCGGCACGUCACUCCGCCGCGGCGAGUUCUAUCGCCCCCGCUGCUUGCAGCUGCAGCUGCAAGGGCUAGAAGGAAUUGCGCCGGAGAUAAAUAGAAAGACGGCCACUGCAAUCCUUUCCAUUUGUCUGCAGCGCUGCUCGACCAGUUUGCGCGACGCUUCCACGCGCGAAAACGUACAGAAGAGGCGGCAAAAGUUGCGUCUGUGAUGGCUGCACGCGCAGACGCCUCGCUGAUGGUUGCGCGCGCGCGACGAUGCGGCGGCGCACGCCGCAGGUGCGCGGGGGUUCUUCGCGUGUUAUUAACCGCAGAGCUACGCGGAACCGAUUAAAGUCAAGCAAUUUUGCGAGUGGUAAUAGUUGGGCUGUCCUUUCUUCUGCCAAAGAGCUCGGCUGUGUGCGUAAGCUACGCGGUUUAUAGUAUUUUCUUCUUCGACACUUCUCAGCAACUUCUCCACAACCUCUCCACCAACAUCGCUACGAACACCGGACCAGCUUCGCGGCUUUUUAAAGGCUUCGCGCAAUCAAUUUCCGAGAGAAGGUCUGCGCUUUCAAAUUAAUUGCGUGACGCCCCCAAAAGGCCACUCGCACGAGCCCGAAGGCCUUCAGCAAAAAAGGGCUCCGGGGCUCCCACAUCGCUCGCAUUUGCGCGGGGGUGCGGCCGAACAAACUGACUCGCGACUGCCUGCGCACGCGGCCACGAAUCGGGAGCCGUGAAACCCAUGAGACACCGCCCGCAUCCGCAUGCUGGUAGAGAAAUGCAAACGGGCGCCCCUACGGUUUAAAUCCGCGCCAAUUCCCAGAACAAACCCAGCCGCCGACCCCCGCCAACUUCUCAACAGCUGGGAAGUUGGUGGAAAGGCUGGGGAGAAGCUGGUGGGAAGUUGGUCAGAAAUGCGCGAGAAGCUGGCGAGAAGUUGGUGAGAUGGUCGAUGCAGAAAAAGGCGGGGUCUAUACGAGUGCGAUGCUUUUGCACUGGAUAGCGCCGCUUUGGUGGCAAUUUAGCUCGAGGGAGCACGCCAAGAAAAGUCUCUGGCCCCGCGCGGAGCGAGCGCGGGGGCCUUUGUGAUGUGGCGCUUCCCGGUGCUGGCGGUCUCCGUGGCCCCUCGCGGAGAAACUAGCAGGCGGCCGGCCACAGCGCUCUCGUCGGCACGAGCCAAAAAAAUAGCAGCCGGAAAAGAAGCGGCGGCGUGCCAUUUGCCGCAAAGGCGAAGAGGUUACUUUGCUGGAUACGUGGCGCGCGCCCCAGUAGUUGCCCGCAGCGCUGGCGCGGUCGCCGGGGGGCCGGGUAAGUAUCGGCGGGCCACUUACUUUGCCGGGGCGGGCCGUUCUCCCGGGCGGCCACGCUAUCGCCACCCCAUCGGCCGGCGGGAGUGCCGUCCGCGCGCGGGCUCUUCGGCCCAGGCCAAGAGGCCGGCGCCCUUUCUGCGCUCCCCCCCCGAAUUCAUACGCGGGGCGCGCUCGCUUUUGCUUCGCGCGGGUUCGCUUUCGGGCUCACGGCGACUGGCCCGCCCAAAGGGCUCCUACGGAAGCUGAUUCAGCUAUUUUCCCGCGAGCCCACCGAGCGCGGCCGCGCGCCUCGCCCCGGGGGCGCUCGCGAGUCGGUAACCGCCUUGGGACCGCGGGCCCUCUCGCGUCUUGGGACGUUGCCCCUCGGGGCGGCCCCACGGCCCGCGCUUGGCCUGCGGGCCGCCGCUUCUUUGUGUUGCUUGUGCGCGCUGGCGGAAAACUUCGCAGGGGGCCCGGCCUCGGGGUUUUCGCAUAUGUCGUGCGCGCUGGCCGAAGCUUGCCGGUGCUCUCUAUGCACGCGGCGCAGUUCCUUGCCCGCCUCUCUUCAUACUUUGCCGGCGGUCGCCCGGGCUAGAUACGACGAGGGAAGCACAGCGCCAAUAGAUCGAGAUGGUGCCUGUACAUGCUCCAGUAUCUAUCUGGCUGUAGUGCUACUGCGACUAGGGGAAGUUAUGGCGUGAUCCUAGGGCAUGCCUUUGCGAGAACCAAGGCAAAUGCAAUCUGAUGGCCGUGCCCGAAGAGGAUGAGUAGUCGCUGCAAGGGCUUGUAGCUCGCAUAAAUAGUGUUUGCUGUGCCGGAAUAGAAAGUACUGCGUUACGCCGUCCGUCUGAGCCACUGUUAAUCGAAAUCUCUAUUACAGUAUCGUCCACUACAAAUAUGUCUGGGUCUGGAAAGUUGUGAUGCAAAUCUGUACCUGGUCGUGGUCCUGGUCGUCGCACUGCAAUACGCAGCCAAGCAUGACAACUUUUUUAGCUGCUAUGUGUUUCGUUUUGUGCGUGGCAAACUACGUUUCGGCAUGACGCGCAAAAGGCCCUUCUGCUGCUCCUGCGUCACAGAUGUAAGUGUCAUGGCAGACAAGCAUGACAAAGUUGCUCUCUUCCAGACCCGGACACAUGUUCAAUGCAUACACAGAAAAACAAAAACGAAACUUCUCGGCGGCCAAUUAGGUGGGAGAAGGCAAAGCCCUUCGCUAACAUUAUUUUGCGUCUUACGGAAGGUGAAGAGCUCUGACAGGAGCGGAAAUUCAAACACGAGAAUUGCAUGCGAUGAGAUUGUCUUCAAUGAAUCUGCAUGUUGCGUAAAAUAUUUUCACAAAAUGCAAAGGUACAAGAACGCAUAGAAAGAAUAUCCAUGUAUCCGAUUUAUUUUUUAGAAAGGGAUCACGAACAUAUACAUAUGCAUAUCACGCUUGCAGCAGCUGCAAAAUACGAGAGAGGUAGAAAGCAACUCACUUCUCGCACACGUCUUGUAUCGCUUCAAAAGAGAUACAUUCAAUACGCAAUGCCAUUUCAUUAAACAAUUGCUUCCAUGUAGGCGAGAAAUAAAGUUCACAGACAAUCAGCGGCUGCCGACUUGUUCGACUAUACAGGAUCCAGCGAAAGAUCAAGAAAAGUCCACAACAACGGAAAGCAGCGGCGGCUUCUUGCUGGAAUUUUCGGCACGACCCUCUGUUACAGAUCCUUUGCAAACAAAGACAAAGAAAAGUCUGACCGCACGGUAUAUUUCCAGGGGACGACUCG